ACACAGAGAGAGAGAGAGAGAGCGCGAGAAGAGGAAAGCGGUGGCUUUAUGCACCUUCCGACUCGCCGUAGGCGGAACAGGCGCGCCCUCUAGAGGAAGAGGAAAGCUUCCCAGCUCCAGCCAAACGGAGGAGGGGGUGUGGAUAGGAUGAGCCAGGGAGAUUCCAACCCAGCGGCUGUCGCUCACGCAGCCGAAGAUGUCCAGGGCGAUGACCGGUGGAUGUCGCAGCACAACCGAUUUGUCUUGGACUGCAAAGACAAGGAGCCGGACGUGCUGUUUGUGGGGGACUCCAUGGUGCAGUUGCUACAGCAGUAUGAGAUCUGGCGCGAACUCUUUUCCCCUUUACACGCGUUGAAUUUUGGGAUCGGCGGGGACACAACGGGGCACGUCUUGUGGAGGCUGAAGAACGGCGAGCUGGAGAACAUUAAGCCCAAGGUCAUUGUCGUCUGGGUGGGGACGAAUAACCACUUCAACACGGCAGAAGAGGUCGCCGGCGGGAUCGAGGCCAUUGCCAAGUUCAUCAGUUCACAGCAGCCCCAGGCCAAGAUCAUCGUCCUGGGCCUUUUGCCACGCGGCGAGAAGCCCAACCCGCUGCGUCUGAAGAACGCGCUGGUGAACCAGCUGCUGAAGGCCUCGCUGCCCAAGCUGUCCAACGUGCAGCUGCUGGACGUGGACGUGGGCUUUGUGCACUCGGACGGCACCAUCUCCUGCCACGACAUGUUCGACUUCCUGCACCUGACGGGGCCCGGCUACGCCAAGGUCUGCAAGCCCCUCCACGAACUGAUCAUGCAGCUGCUGGAGGAGACCCCCGAAGAGAAGCAGGCCACCCUGGCCUGACCCCCGCGGCCUGCCUCCCACUGCCCCUUGUCCCUCCUUCCUCCCUUCCCUCCUCCCUUCCUUCCCCAGGCACUACAGAACCCUCCCUGCUCCGAGCGCGGUCCAUCCUCCAAAGUUCUUUUUUCCAAGCACUGGCCAAGGGAGAGGCGGAGAGAGCCACCAAAUGGGGUGGGUGGGCGGGCAUAGCAGUAGGAAGCAAGCGGAUCAUUUCCCCCCUCCCACUCUUUAUUUGUCUUGUUUACACCCCCAAACACCCCUUCCCUGCCCCCCCCCCUCGCUCCCGCUCCCUUCUGCUGGUUCUCUCUCAUUGGUUGUCCAGGCGGAGCUCACAUUCCACUCCCUGAACUUGGAAGAGGAGCGGCUUCCUUCCAGUUAUUCCGUUUUCUUUUUAUAUACUUAAUUGGGGUUGGGGGGGUUGUUUUGUUUUUGUUUUAAGUGAUGAUAACUCGCUGCUUUCCGGCCCCAGGAGGCACCCACACACACCUGUGCCCAACCUGUGAAAAUAAUCGCAUCCGAAUCAAGUGAAGAAGAAAAAGAAGUUGUCAUUUCAGGCCGCUUGCUUUGCCGCUCUCUAGUUUGAUGCAUGCAGGGGUGGAGAUAAAAAAGGGGGGGGGGGGCUUUGCUUUGGCAUCCCGGUCACCUUCCUUGGUGUGAAACUGACACCUCUGCCCUCCUCGGGGCCGCUUGCGCUUACGUUCCUUCUAUUAUUUUAGGAAAAGCAAAUGACUGUUACUUUCUCUUAUUCCCCCCUUCCUAUGAAAUCAUCCGCACCCAUUGCUCUUCUUUCAAGGCCUGGAAGCGUUAGGAGUUUAGAGGUGUGUAUUUCCUGGGGGGCAAAGCCCACUUGCAGGCUUGUUUCCCCAGUUCUGCUCUCACUGCAAAGAGAGAGAGACAUUGAGGAGAGCAACCUGGGUUCCUUCCCCUUUCCUAUAAAAUGAUCUGCACCCAUUGCUCUUCUUUCAAGGCCUGCAAGUGUUAGGAGUUCAGAGGUGAAUAUUUCCUAGAAGGCGAAGCCCACUUGCAGGCUCAUUUCCCCAGUUUUGCAGAGAGAAUGCCAUUGAGGAGAGCAACCUGGGUUCCUUCCCCCUUCCUAUAAAAUCACCUGCACCCUCUAUUCUUCUUUCAAGGCCUGCAAGCUUUAUGAUUUCGGAGGUGUGUAUUUCCUGGGAGGCAAAGCCCACUUGCAGGCUUGUUUCCCCAGUUCUGCUCUCGCUGCAAAGAGAGAGCGCCAUUGAGCAGAGCAACCUGGGCUCCUUCCCCCUUCCUAUAAAAUAAUCUGGACCCAUCAGUCUUAUUUCAAGGCCUGCAAACUGCAAGUGUUAGGAGUUCAGAGGUGUAGAUUUCCUGGGAGGCAAAACCCAGUUGCAGGCUCAUUUCCCCAGUUCUGCAAAGAGAGAACACCAUUGAGAAAAGCAACCUGGGCUCCUUCCCCCUCCCUAUAAAAUCUUCUGCACCCAUUGCUCUUCUUUCAAGGCCUGCAACCUGCAAGUGUUACGAGUUGCAGAGGUGUAGAUUUCCUGGGAGGCAAAGCCCACUUGCAGGCUCAUUUCCCCAAUUCUGCAAAGAGAAUGCCAUUGAGAAGAGCAACCUGGGCUUCUUCCCCCUUCCUAUAAAAUCAUAUGCACCCUCUACUCUUCUUUCAAGGCCUGCAAGCUUUAUGGUUUUGAAGGUGUAGAUUUCCUAGGAGACAAAGCCCAUUUGCAGGCUCGUUUCCCCAGUUCUGCUCUCGCUGCAAAGAGAGAGUGCCAUUGAGAUGAGCAACCUGGGCUCCUUCCCCCUUCCUAUAAAAUAAUCUGCUCCCAUUGCUCUUCUGUCAAGGCCUGCAAACUGCAAGCAUUAGGAGUUCAGAGGUGUAGAUUUCCUGGGAGGCAAAGCCCACUUGCAGGCUUGUUUCCCCAGUUCUGCAAAGAGAGAAUGCCAUUGAGAAGAGUAGCCUGGGCUCCUUCCCCCUUCCUAUGAAAUCAUCUGCUCCCAUUGCUCUUAUUUCAAGGCCUGCAACCUGCAAGUGUUAGGAGUUCAGAGCUUUCCUGGGAGGCAAAGCCCAGUUGCAAGCUCGUUUCCCCGGUUCUCUCGCUGCAAUGAGCAGCCUGGGGUGCGGAGGGAUUUUGAUGGCGAGGGACCGGUCCUGUAAAGCCUUAAUUCGUGCCCAGAGAAGGAGCACGUCCCUCCAAAGAAAGGGAAAAGCCCUCAUCCAAUCUGAGCAGGAGGAAUCUCCUUGCUAAAAUGGGAGAUUCCUGGGCUUCUUUCUGACAGGGACGCAGGCAAGUCACCGGCCUAAAAUUGCAGCCACUGCUUGACGUGAUGAUUUAUUUUUUUCUUGCUGCAGGGCUUCUUAUCAUAGGAGCGGGGGGUUUCCCAUGUUGCUCUCGUGAGCAUUUCUUCCCCUGGCGUUGCUUCCUCCAGCAAAAGGCCAAGGCAGUGCAGAGCAGAGGAAGCAUUGAGUCCUGUCUUGCCCUGGAGUGGCAGCUUUUGCGCACCAAGCCGGAGCUGCAUUUCCCUGCUUUGUGCCACAGGGACGGGCAUGCCUGGGGAAGGUCAGCGGUGCGCAAAGUCCCUCGGCACACACGCAAGGCCCGGCUCCCUCCCUGCGCCUCCUUACACCCACUUGCCUACCAGCGGUCCCGAUCCUGAGCGCCACUUCUUCUCUCUCCUUUGCCUCCCCUUCUCUCUCUCUCUUAUCAAAUCUCAUUGCUGUUUACAGUUUGUGUGCUGCGACCCAGAAGAGAAUCCUUUUCCUUUUUUUUUUUUUGUCUGUCCUGUGGUGUAUGAGCAUUGCCAAUUUUAUAUUUAUUGCAGCAAAAGGAAAAAAAAAGAGGAAGAAAAAAAAUAGUGUGAAAGCAAAGGUUUGGGAAUGUUGUCUUUCCUCUUUGUCAGUGUAUGUCUGGUCUGGUCUGGGGGGGGGGAUUUGGGAGGGGGUGGCCCGGACCCUCUCCUGCGUCCCUCCCUUCCCUCUCUCUCAAAACACAACACCAACGAGACGGUGGUUCUGCUUUGGCAAAAACAACGGCAUUGGCGAGUGGUAGAGCUCACUGUUUAGUGCAUAUUUCAAUAUAAAUGUAUAUGUUUCACCAA